GUUAACAGGGACAUUUAAAAGUUGAAGCCAGUCUUACUGUUGUCAGAGACGAUGAGGAUGUUUCAUGGACUAAGUGCCGUGUUCACUGUCACUCUCCUAGCGAGAGGUUGUGAUGCACAACUUUCAGUAUGUGGUAGGCCUUCAUUCUCCACUAAAAUAGUAGGAGGACAGAAUGCUACUCCUGGUGCUUGGCCGUGGCAGGUCAGUCUUCACACAUACUCUCAACAUUUCUGUGGUGGAUCACUCAUCAACAAUGAAUGGGUCCUGACAGCGGCUCACUGCUUUUCCAGUACUUCAACUGCAUCCCUGACUGUGCUCCUGGGUCUACAGACACAGUCAGGAUCAAAUCCAAAUGAGGUCCGCAUGACGGUCUCUGAAAUCAUAAAGCAUCCAAACUUCAACAGAAACACUUAUGACAAUGACAUCACUCUUCUGCAUUUGUCUUCACCUGUGGUUUUUACUGACUAUAUAAAACCGGUCUGCCUGCCGGCAAUUGACAGCACGUUCUACAAUGGCACAUCAAGCUGGGUCACUGGAUGGGGAAAUAUUGCCACUGGUGUUCCUCUGCCUUCACCACAAACUCUUCAGGAAGUAAAUGUGCCUGUCAUUGGAAACAGAAAGUGCAAAUGCCUUUUUAACAGUGAUAUCACAAACAACAUGAUCUGUGCUGGAUUAGAACAAGGGGGGAAAGACUCCUGCCAGGGUGACUCAGGUGGACCUAUGGUCAACAAACAGGGCUCAGUCUGGAUCCAGUCUGGGAUUGUGAGCUUUGGCAUAGGAUGUGCUUUACCUGACUUUCCUGGUGUGUAUACUAGAGUUUCUCAGUACCAGAGUUGGAUCAACCAGCAUAUCACCACCAACCAGCCAGGCUUCAUUACGUUUACCUCCAGUGGUACUGACGAUGACCUAAGUGUGAGCUGUGCCAUUGUACCUCCCAUUACAUCAACUGCUGCACCUGUAACUGUUACGACCCCUGCACCUGUGGUGUGUGGAAUGGCCAAACUGAACACUCUUGUUGGAGGAGGUAACUCACUCGCAUCCUCUGGCACAUGGCCUUGGAUGGCCAGUCUACAAUUUAAUGGCAGUCACGUCUGCGUAGGAACGAUGGUUGCUGAGCGGUUUGUCAUGACCACUGCCAGCUGUUUUUCCAGAUCAACAAAUUCAUCCCAGUGGACUGUGAUCCUGGGCCGUUUGAAUCAGAACAGUUCCAACCCCAAUGAGGUCUCUGUAAAAGUCGCCAACAUCACCAUCAGCAAUUUGACAGGUGACAACAUUGCUGUUGUGCACCUCGCCAGCGCACCAAAACUCUCAAAUUAUAUUCAACCGAUAUGUGUGGACCUGGGAGGUACUUCCUUCAAUAUUAAUGCUACAUGCUGGACGGCAGGCUGGGGCUCAGGAUCAGCAGGACUUACCCAAACCCUUCAAGAAAUCCAAACCACCAUUAUGAGUUGUGGCAACUCAUCUUCAAAUAGUAUUUGCACAACUGCCAUUAAAUUACAGGAGGGUUCUCAGGGUGGUCCUCUGAUGUGUAAGCAAGGUCUGUCAUGGAUCCAGGCUGCUGUUGUGACGAUACAAAGCAACAGCACUAACACAAGCGUCAGUAACUCCACAGCAGCGAGCCGGUCCGUUCGCGCCCAAGAUAUCCAGGUCUUCACUAAAACCUCAAGCUAUUCAUCAUUCCUGACGUCUGUGGUGGGUUCUUUCCCCCCAAAACAAACAAACAGCACAAGUGCAGCUGUAGGAACCAACCCGAAUUCCUCCACCAGUGUGUCUCACUUUUCUUUAUGUUUUACAACUGCACUCCUGUUUUCACUUUCAGCACUCAGGAUUUUUCAUUGUGACUGAGAUCAGUGAAGUCUGAGUAGAAACAUUUUGAUUUACCUUGAAUGUGACCUUGAAUAAUGCAGGUUUUCAUUCCACUGUUAAUGCUUCAAUCAGAAUGCUUUCAUUUUUUUAUUUUAUUUAUGAGAAAUAUUCUUGUACAGAGAUCAGUUGUUAUAUCUUACCGGCUGUAAGUUCAGAAUGACUGCUUAAGUUUAAACUGUAACCCGGGCAUUUUUCUUCUACUGUAUAUGCAUACACAUUGCAUUGUACUGGACAAUUUGCAUUGUAGCAUUUCUAUGAGAACUUGCACUUUAUGGGAAUGUCCCAGUUUUAAAGUGUUUCAGUUCUAAUAGUUAAACUACUGCUACUAAUCUAAUCAUAUGUAACACAUUAACCCGAGCUUUACUGGGACAUUGCUGUAAGUUUAUAAUAAUCUAAAUCAAAGAUAACUUCAGAAAAUAUU